AAUCAACUUUUUGGAUAUCUUGUCUUACUAAUUUAUCUUCAGGAAACAAGCGAUGACCCUGCUCCUUCGAAAGAGCAAGACACCGUUGCGCGAUAUGUUCGCUUUAACUGCCCAACGAAUUCCACGAUGUUCCAAGGAAAUGAAGUCUACUAUUUUACUGGUUCGAAAGCAGUAGAUACGCUCAUGGAGUCAAAAUAUGGUUCCAAGGCUAAAAACGAAGCUGCAGCAUUGUUCCCAAACAGGCAAGCUGCCGUAAAUUAUAUGCAGACUCUAAUGGAUUUUGAGUUAUUCUUUCGUGCUCGUAAGUUAGUGCCGAAAAAGAAGGAUGAGAAGGACAAAAAGGAGAAAGAUUUGGGCAAAUCAUCUAAGUCUGAAAAAGGAGAAAAGAAGAAGAAGGAAGAGGAGACCGUGACAGAAACUGAGGCGGAGGAUAAGAAAGAGGAGAAAAAACCAAAAAAUUCUAAAGCAAGUUCAGAUCUUGCACAACCAAGUGUUCGCAUUUUACAGGAAGAUGAGGAGAAAAAGAAGAAGAAGAAAGUUAAAUUGGAAAUACACGAUGUGCAGGUCUUCAAUGAUGAUAAAGAUGUAUAUGUGUGGGUAUUUGACCCUACUCCUCUCUACAAAAAAGUGAUAGGUCUUCUGAUGGUUCUCGGUACUAUUGUGGGAUGUUUAUUCCCUCUUUGGCCGGUCUGGCUCCGACAGGGUGUUUACUAUCUAUCGCUAGCUGGUAUAGGACUUUUCGGACUUAUUGUAGUGGUCGCGAUUCUACGUACUAUCCUAUUUGGAGUAAUUUGGCUUGCUACAAUGGGACAACAUAAGCUUUGGAUUCUUCCUAAUUUGACAGAGGUAUGUGGUUGUAUAAUUGGUUGUUCGCACAUGAUUUCUUCUUGUUUAUUCACACCUCCGUACCUGGCCAUAAGAUGA